GCAAGGGUCUCCUCCAAACCCCACGCUCCCUUCAAUACGUUCCCGUUCUCUCUCGCCUCUUUCUUUUCCGCAAGAGAGAGAGAGAGAGAGAGAGAGAGGGAAAGCGAUCGAGAAAAAGAAGAGGAGGAGGACAAGGAGCCGUUGAGAGGAGGACCUACUGAGGAGCAAUGGGGCUCACUUUUACGAAGCUGUUCAGCCGCCUUUUCGCAAAGAAGGAGAUGAGAAUAUUGAUGGUUGGGCUCGACGCGGCUGGUAAAACUACGAUUCUCUACAAGCUGAAGCUUGGCGAGAUCGUCACCACUAUCCCCACCAUAGGAUUCAAUGUUGAAACUGUGGAGUACAAGAACAUUAGCUUCACUGUUUGGGAUGUUGGUGGCCAGGACAAGAUUAGACCCCUCUGGAGGCAUUACUUCCAGAACACCCAGGGCCUUAUUUUUGUGGUGGACAGCAAUGAUAGAGAUCGUAUUGUGGAGGCCAGAGAUGAGCUCCAUAGGAUGCUGAAUGAGGAUGAGUUACGUGACGCUGUGCUGCUUGUGUUUGCAAACAAACAAGAUCUUCCCAAUGCCAUGAACGCUGCUGAAAUUACUGAUAAGCUCGGCCUGCACUCCCUGCGCCAGAGACACUGGUACAUACAGAGCACCUGUGCUACAUCUGGUGAGGGGUUGUAUGAGGGUCUGGACUGGCUCUCCAACAACAUUGCCUCCAAGGGUUAACUCUUUGGAGGGCUUGGAAAGUCUUAGCAGAGCUUGGAACAUAUCACUUUGUUGGGUCAAAUAUGUAAUAUAUCUAUAUAAACUUGUUACAGAUAUUUGUGGGUUGCUUGUGGAAAGCUCAAUCUUUGAGCUGUAAAAUUGUUGCUGAUGGAUCGCUUUUGUUUUCUUUUGCUUGACCUUUUUUUUUUUUGUUAAGAUUGUCCUCUCUUAUGUUCUCGUUGGAACCGUUGUCUUUUGUUAGUAAUUUGACUUGUGUUGCUGUCCAUAUUAGUGCUUGCUACUGGUGUUUUUAUUCUUUUCC